CUGUGCACCGCGGUCACACUGUCUAUUGUUAUAAACGUAAACAAUGUCGCUUGUCGCUGAUUAUAGCGAUUCAUCUGAAUCCGAUGUGGAAAGCAGCAGCAGUGACUCAGAAGAAGAGGAAACAAACAACAAGCAAAGCGCGCCUGCCACACAGAAACCCUUAAAGCUGCCCAGUGCUAGCGAUGCUUUGGAUAAUGCGGCUGCAAAACGAACCGGCGAUGUAUUUAGUAAUCCAUUUCUGGAUGCAGAGCUGCACAAGACCGCUUCACUGGAAAGACACGUGAAAAUGGUCAACAACGAUGCACAUUUACAGCUAAAAAAUGGACGAAAAAUAUGUUGGAAUUAUAGAAAAGGACGAUGUCGCUUCGGCACAAGCUGUCAAUAUGCGCACGACUCGGAUCUCUCCGUUGAGGCUGUGGCUGCUGGAAAUGAGCCUAAGAUGGAAGCGCCAGCAACAACAGUCAACAAAAGCGCUGCUGGCAAUAAGAGGAAACGACCUGGUUUAAGCGAUGGCAUAGAACCGGGCAAAAGGGUGAUGAAAUCGUACCAGCAACAGCAACUGGGACCAGGAGCUAGACGUUAAAUAGGUUUCAAAUGAUGCCAGCAUCAGUCAGGCGCAACCAACAGCUGCCCUCGCCGAUGCCAAAGCUGUUGCUAAGCACUUUAAGCACACGCAGAUCAUUCUCCUGUACAGAAUCCUCUGGCAGCUCCAGCGACAAUAUGAGUGUACAAACGGAGCUCCAGUAGUCCCCCAAGUAGUUGCAAUCCUCUGGAUUCACAGCCCCUAUGUGGCUCAGCUCCUCCUCAUCAUCAUCUGCAGCUGCUGUAUAUUAAGAUAACAUAUGUAUAUAUAAAACUAAGAUAAAUCAUUUCGCUCACAUUCUUCAUCCAAACUAAA